UUCCUGUUUCUUACAGUACUGUACAGUACAGUGGGAGAUGCGCGUUGCAUUGUGGGGGUACAAAUACAGCGCAGAAAGGACAGCGGGGAGCACAAAGGGAUAAAAACUGCACCUCGGCAACUUUUAACACCAGCCUGCUGUAAUGUGAAUUCAUGUGAGCGUUAAUUAAAGCGCGACUUUUGGCGGCUGGCAGGGUGACAACUGCUGGAAGAGCGAGGAAUGUGAAGGGAGCGGAGAAGAGCGGCAGGGCACACCGCUGUCUCCAACUGCUUUGUCAGCUGAGCUGUUUGCGACCCGAGGCCCAUCCGUUAUCACAGGCCUCACCCGAGAAGGACACGGAUCCUUUGGAUAAAGAGGAAUUCCAACAUGGGGGUGAAAACCUUCACCCACAGCUCGACCUCGCACAGCCAGGAGAUGCUCGAGAAGCUCAACGCUUUGCGCAACGAGGGUCAUUUAUGCGAUGUCACCAUCCGAGUCCAAGACAAGCUCUUCCUGGCCCACAAAGUGGUUCUGGCAUGCUGCAGCGAAUUCUUCCGCUCCAAACUGGUGGGCCGGCCAGAGGAGGAGGACAAGUUUGUAUUGGACCUUCACCACGUGACGGUUAGCGGUUUCGCUCCCCUGCUGGAGUACGCCUACACGUCGACUCUUUCCAUCAGCACGGAGAAUAUCAUCGACGUCCUGGCAGCAGCCAGUUACAUGCAGAUGUUUGCUGUGGCUAGUACGUGUUCGGAGUUCAUGAAGUCAAGUAUUCUGUGGAGUCCGGGUAACAACAAUAACAACAACAACAUGGGAGCCGAUAAACCUCACGAAUCGGCACCGGAGAGCGCCUCAUCAAACUGUGCCCUGACACCGCUGGAUGGCAGCGUGUCGCCCGUGUCUUCCGAUUGCAGCGUGAUGGAAAGAAACGUUCCCAUCUGCCGUGAAUCGCGAAGGAAACGCAAAAGCUUUGUGUCGAUGGCUUCCCCUGAGAGUCCACUCAAAUGCACUACACAGAUGGUCACCACCUCCCCUCAGAUCCCCAACCCAUCGCCCUCGUUCUCAGACAGCGCAGCCCAGCCCGUGGAGUCCUCCCUGGCCUUCCCCUGGACUUUCCCAUUCGGUAUCGACCGGAGGUUUCACUCGGACAAAUCGAAGCUGCCGGAGAGCCCUCGCUGUUUAGAGCAGGGAACCCCGGGGACCUCUGAGGUAGUGGUUGGCCGUCGGCUCAGCGACUUCCUAACGUGCGAGAGCUCAAAGACGGUGUCUUCGCCUGUCGCAGCGGAGGAGGAAGAUGUACGGGUGAAGGUGGAGCGUCUCAGUGACGAAGAGGUCCAGGAAGCGUCGUCGCAGCCGGUCAGUGCCUCUCAGAGCUCGCUGAGUGACCAGCAGACGGUGCCGGGGAGCGAACAGGUCCAAGAGGAGCUCCUCAUCAGUCCACAGUCCUCCUCCAUAGGCUCGAUGGAUGAGGGCGUGUCAGAGGGCUUACCGUCAAUGCAGAGCACCUCUAACGCUGGAGGACAUGCGGAAGAUGAUGAGAGGUUGGAAGGUAUUCAGUAUCCGUACCAUCUCUACAUCAGUCCUUCGACACGGCCUGGCACCAACGGCCCUGACCGGCCCUUUCAGUGUCCGACCUGCGGAGUCCGAUUCACACGCAUUCAAAACCUGAAACAGCACAUGCUCAUACACUCCGGCAUUAAACCUUUCCAAUGUGACCGCUGUGGGAAAAAGUUCACACGGGCCUACUCCCUAAAGAUGCAUCGGCUGAAGCACGAAGGUAAACGCUGUUUCCGGUGCCAGAUUUGUAGCGCCACAUUCACGUCCUUCGGUGAAUAUAAGCACCACAUGAGGGUCUCCCGACACAUAAUCCGCAAGCCGCGGAUUUAUGAGUGCAAAACGUGCGGCGCCAUGUUCACCAACUCUGGCAAUUUAAUUGUACACCUGAGGAGUCUGAACCAUGAGGCAUCCGAACUAGCAAACUACUUCCAGAGCAGUGAUUUCCUCGUGCCCGACUACCUGAGCCAGGUACAGGAGGAGGAGGAGGCGCUGGGAGUCCAGUACGAGCUGGAGGAGUCCCAGCAUCAUCCGGUCUACCCGGGCAGCACCUCCACUUCCACCACCACCCCCACCUCGUCCUCCUCCUCAGUGCAGAUGCCCGUCAUCUCCCAGGUCUCCUCCUCCACCCAGAAUUGUGAGAGUUCCUCUGGCUUCCUGUCACCCGAGCCCCUGGAUCCCCUGGAAGCCCCAACCUCCCCGAAGAUGGACGCCGAUGACACGGCGCCCAUGACAGAGGAGACCAAGAUGGACAACAGCGUGGGUGGCAGUUCCCCAGAGGUGUUUGAAGAAGAGCAGCAGCAGCAACAUGCUCAGGCCAAGGAGGUGGCUUCCAUUACCAUAAAGUGAUUCGAGUCUUCUACUUGCCCAUUAUGUCUUAUUUUGCAGUCAUGUCAUAUGGGAAUAUCUGCUGGGACGACUGAGAGGGACGACUGGAUGUUGACGCCUCAUCGUGUGAAACUGUCAGGACGCUGCGAUUGAAGUUUUCUGAAAACUUCGGCUGACUUGAUGGCGCUUCUCUACGCAGAUGCUGAACACCUCACCAAACCCAGCAACUAAAUGCCAGCUGUUGUUGUUGUGGGGUUGGUUUUGUUUCAAAUAUAAUAUUUCAUAAACUUUCGCAGUUGAUGUGAGAUUUCAGUGGGUCAGAAGAUCUCGCUUGAUAUCUAAGUAAAAAGUUUUUUUUAUGAGUCACUUAAAGGAGAAAGGUUGUUUUUUCCCAUAUGACGUGAAUGCAGCACAAGCUAAAGUCAUUUCUGUCUUAGCCAAUUCGAGGUCUGUUAAAUCGAAGCCUUGCUCUACUUUUGGAAAGUGCCUGAGAGUUCCCAUUUUAACAAAGUACAGUGUAGAGAAAGAAAAGGUCUUUGCUUUGCCAACAGUGACAAAUCAAGUCUUUGGAAAAAAAAUGUUUGUAUUCAUUUGUAGUGCUGAUGCUAGUUUGUAUUGGCAGAGACUGUGUUAUUCCUUUAGUGCCGUUGCUAUAGGCAAACUGUUAAAUGUCAAUAUUAUCUAUAUUGCAAUAGCUUGUACUGUAGUUUUACUAUUUGAAUGCUGUGAAUGUUGGUUGUUGUGAAAUGAUAUGUCAGGUGUGUAUGUGCAUUUCUUUGAUCAGUAUGAACACAUUUCAUUUUUUGAAAUUACUUGACAAAGUAUUCCCAAACACAUCUGUGCAGUAUACGAUUUUCCUGUUUAGACUUCGUGAUGUCAAAAAUCUCAAGAUUGGAUCGGCACUAGAGCGACUUUUAUUUUGUAAUCCAACGAAAUGGAUACAAAUUGAGACUUAAAAAAUCACAUUGUUACAUUGUCGUCAACAACUGCAGUAUUAUAUAUUCCCAAAUGUGAUAUGGCAAUGUAGCACUUCAUCCCAGCCUUCUUUCCAAAGGCAGUUCAUUGGAUAGAUGUUCAUGUGGCUCGCCAGCAGGUGCAUUGGACACUGCGUUCUGACUAUUGGAGCAAUGUUACACUUACAGCAUGAUUGUCUUUGCGGCUCUGUAGGACUCUGAGCUCAACCAGGAUUUAGUUUUUUUUCUUUCUUGUUGUUACAAAUGGGGCGAUUUCCUGACUACCAUUAAAACUCACUGAGCAGUUUAUUGGGAACACGUAUGCUUUCAAUACAGCAGCUCUGCUAUAAGUUCAAUUUUUUUUCCGGAAACAAAUUUAUUAUUUUUGAAUUCUUGCCACUGACAAACAUCCUAAGAUAAUAAACGAUGCACUACAUCCCCUGUAACAAUGACCAUUGUAUAAGCUUUGUAACAACAACUUAUGGAUAGACACGGCGAGCAGUACCGAGCGGUAACUGUAGGUGGCAAUGGUAAAAACUGCAGUUCCUCUAAUGGCCACUGGAGGCCGACUGCGGAAGCUUGUUAAUACGCAGCAACUCCCAUGUAUGGGUGUUGACCUUGGUGCAUUAAAUUCAUUUGUGACCAAUAUGACAGGCUGUGUGCUAAAGCCACAAAGAAGCUCGUGUUUCAGUGUUUUAUCAGAAAUAUCAAACUUUGCUAGUGUUGAUAAUUCUCCACCCUUUCAUCAAUAACAUUGUGCUGGCUAACGUUGAGACUCUGAACUCUAAAACUAAUAUGCGAUGUCACAAUGACGAGGCGUAUUUUUUACAUUAACUGUUAAACUGCUCAGUGAGUGUACAGUUGCUGUAGUGUAGCCCAGGAAGCAGGGGUGACCCAGUGUGACAGUCAUCUGUGUGAUCACGAGGCUGUCGAGUGUUAAUGUGAUAAUGUUGUUUUGAAGUAACCCGUCUGCUAACGUGUGAAUGCAGCAAAUACUGUGAGUUGAUCUUUGGAAAUGUUACCCACACAGGCCGUUCUUCAUGUUACUGAUUAUUUUAAAUGUUGAUUUUUGGGGUCAGGCUUCCUGUUACCCGCAUUGUGCCAACAGGCUUGUGAUUCUGUAUUUGGAGUUUGUUGCGCCUGAACUUUGAGAUGAGUUGAAUGCUACUGACUGCAUCUGGGUUCUGUGCUUAUGUUCACCAUGCGCUCCCAAAAGUCGUACAAACAGCUCAUUCUUGCGCUCACUCCAGCAGGGUGCACGAGCUCGAUUGUAAAUGUGAGGAUGAAUACUGCUGAGAAUCCAAUCAGAGCCGUCUUAAGAAGCAACGGUGUCGCCCCGUGCCAUCCAUUCAGCCCUUUUUUAAAUGUCGUGCCAUUUGCCCUUUUUCUCUGGGUGCAAACCGAGCUUUUUCCUCUAGGACCAAAUGUUCUCUCUCUUAUUGGGGAUUUGCCGUGGCAAUCAGCACUUGCACAUAUUAAAGAAAGAGAUAAUCAUUCAAAGCGGUCCAUGCUAUUUAGCUGAGGGGUCCUGCUGUUCUGCCCUUUACAACACUGUAUGAUGUUGUGCAUUGAAGAGGCUAGCCUUAGUAAGUGGACCUAUUAACUGUAGUUGCACAAUUUCAGAAUUGAAAAACAAAAAGACAGAGUUUUCUAUUCUCCACGUGUGUGUCACGCUUUUCAUCUGUUGUGUUGGUGUGUGUGUCACCUUUUUUAUAAUGAAAUGCUGCUGUUUGUCGAAACGCAAAGUGCCCAAAAUAUUUUUGUGAACCAAUGGUGUGCAAUAAAUGGACCGGUGUCGUUUUAAAGGUUUUCGUUUUGAUAUAUACAUAUAUAUAUAUAUAAAAUAUAAAUAUAUGAAAAAGAAAAUAAGAAUGUAUCAUUUUGUUUCAAUCUAAUGUGACUGAAUGAAACCAGGCGCGAGCCCGUUUGAUCUGUGAACAUCUGUAAGCUUUGACAUGAAACGACUGGUUGUGUUCAGCUCCUCUGUGUUUGUUUCGGAAGGUUGCAUGUUCGUGUCGUUCCGUGACGUGAAAGAGAGCAUGUGCUGAGUUGGUGGUAUGUUCUGUCAAGGCCUUAUUUUGUAGCCGACUCUUCAUCCGAUCUGUUGUUCGGCAUGCCCUCUUCUUCUUUUCUGUACGUUAUCCCUUUUUUAUGUGCAAUGUUUCAAAAGAUAUCUUGAUUAUACGAGUACACUUGAUGUUGUAUAUGUUUUCCAGUCCAUACCAUUUAUUUAAAAGUAUGAAAAUAAUAAAAAACAAAAAGUACCCCCCAAACAGGUCAGGUAGCUCUUCAUAAUGGCAUAUAUAUAUAUAUAUAUAUAUAUAUAUAUAUAUAUGUGUGUGUUCAUAUGGUGAUUUUUCUAUUCUGGUUGCUGUUUCAUGGCAUCUUUGGAUAUUCUUGUUAAAUGUGAAUAGAACAGCUUAGCCUGGGAGUGGGCGGGGCCUUGAUAGUCUUCACUUUGUGACUGUCUGCAAUGUGUGUGUAUAUAUAUAAAUAUCCAGUAUAUACACUCAUACUAUGUUGCAUAUUCUUUAUACUGUAGGCAACCUGAUUACAACCUGCUUUGAGACAGAUUGUUGUACUUUGUGUCUUUGAUAUUGUAUUUAAACUGUAGUUUGGAGAACCUGUACAAAAACAUCCCAGAUAGUAAUGCAACCUGCACACACUGUAUCCGGGGAACUGACGUUUGUGGUGGUGUUGAGUGUUUUAACUGGAUCAUAUUCCACAGUUGGCUGUUAAAAACUGACGAGACCACUCUGUAUUUAAGAGUUUAUGGUUGUUCUCAAUCUUUGCUAGUGUUCUGGCUUUGCAGUCCUGUUGUUCUUAAAAAUACUUGUUUUGUAAAAGUUUAAAAUGUAAAUAAAAAAAUCAAAGUCAGAAAGA